UUGACCAGUUUGAAAAAUAUGGCUGGUAAACCUCGAGUUCCGUGGGAUUUGUCCGAGAUAAUUCCUCUUUCAAUUCCCAAAGGCGUAAAAAAGUUGUGUGAACUUUGUGAGAAGCCAGCGCACCUGCAGUGCACCAAGUGUCGGCUCACUUUUUACUGCGGCACAGAGCAUCAGCAGGCGGACUGGGUGGGGAUCCAUGACAGGAUCUGUCAGCUGCUUGUUCCCAUUCGCAGCCCAGCACCCUUUUACUCCCUGCAGGCUGACCGUGACACUCACCGCAUCCAAACACGGAUCAAACAGGAGCAGCUGGUUGAGAUCUCCAGGGCCGUGGCACAGAGCAAGCUGUUUGAGGGAAAGUACAUGGAGGUGCAGCCUGCCGCCCAGUUCUUCCUGCGCUGUGCCACUGACAUCUUUGGCCCCGGUGUUGUCCAGCUGGUCCCUGCCUACCUGCUGCUGGCUGAGUCCAGCGUGGGUCUGGGUAGUCUGUCCCAGGCAAAGAGGUUCAUGUCCGCUGCAGAGUGGGUGGUACUGAGGAGCCCAGACUGUGGCCCGGCAGUCCGCCACCAGCUGCACAGGAGCCUGGGUCGCCUCUACACCAUGAUGGGAAACCUGGACGCAGCCCUGCUCCACUUUGCCAAUGAUGUAUAUUAUGCCAGUGAGGAGUAUGGUUUGGAUAACACAGUCACCUGUGAUGGCUACUUUCUCAUGGCCAAUGUCUUUAUCCAAAAGGGGGAGAGGCUGAUUGCUCAUUCCUUGUACUCUGAGGUGGCACGUACUUGGCACUCUCAUCUGACCAAACUCUUUGAGAGCCUCAAGCAAAAUUCCACUUCACUGGAGCCCUCUUUUGACAAGAGCCAGCGAGCUGAGGUAGAUCAGAUGCUAAGGACAAUUCUUGAGGCUGGUGAGAACAAUUCCAUACAAAACAAGAGUCAGAUUGCCCUGGUGGCCCAUUGCCUUGCCAUGCUCUGGUUCUUGGGCGGAGACCCCCAGAAGGCACUGGAAUUUGGCAGCAGGGCCCUGCAGGCUAGCCAGCUGAUACCACACCACGACCUGACGGAGCCCAUCCAGAGCCUGCUGCAGUUGGUGCAGACAGGCCUGCGUCCUGAUACUGACACAAGCUGAGUGCUCACCUUACCUGCCCUGCCAGUUGCUUUGCCCAGAGUCCCCUUCAUCUGCCUAAUCAGUCACUGGCCCCCUGCCACCUGCUCUUCAGCCUUUACUCAUUCUCCAAGGUAAAUAUGGGCCAUAGGUGAAUUUUUCACUAAUUAAACAUUUAGUGGAGAGCUUAUGAUGUAGUCUUUAUUUUAUCCUGAUUAUGGGAUGGAUGGGUUUUGUAAACAAUGAUCAAGACAAGAUUUUCUCAUGUCUAGUACAAAUGUGUUCUAAAUCUUAGUCAG